GCCCGGCGCCAGAGGACGGUCAUAAGUGCAGAGUGUGUCGUUUCCCUCUGCUCGUCGCCCUGCUGCAGCUCCUGUUGGGGGUGGCUGUCGCGGCCGUGGCCUUCCUCAUGUUGGCCAUCAGCCCCUCACUCUUGGCCCGGGAGACGCCUCACUGGGCUGGGAUCAUUCUUUGUUUAGUUUCCAUCCUGGGUUUCAUCCUCUACUGUAUCAACUACCAGCCAGAUGAGCGUUCAUCUCUGCAGUUUAUUGUAAAGCUCCUGUAUUUCAUCCUGUGCACCACCGGCCUGGUCAUAUCGGUGCUGGUCGUGGCGUUUGCGGGACACCAUCACUCGCAGACCAGCAGCCUCACCUGUGAGCAGGAAGGAGGGGACUGCGUGUGCGUACUGGAUCAGGUCGACCCCAUCGCUCGCACCUUCGUCUACAAGGAGGUCAGCGACUGCGGGUGGAUUACGGGGACCCUUCCUUUCUACUUCCUGAUCCAGAUCAUCCUCAACCUGGCUCAAGCGUUGGUCUGUGCCAUGGGCGCCUUCAUCAUGUGGAAGCAUCGUUAUCAGGUCUUCUUCUCUGGGCUGCAGAUCGGCUCUCCCUCCACCAAGAAGUGGCAAAAAGUGUAGAGGAAAGGAUUCGUUGCCUCUUAUUUUGAAUGUCUGUGCCUUAGUGUGUCAGUUACAGGUAGAUGACAAGUUAAAGGAAAGGUUGUAGACAUCUUUAGGGUUUCAUAUUUUUACUGAAGUCUUUCAAACUCCACUGAAGGAAUGGAUCACCCAAAACACAUCCAAACCUAUUUUGUUGUUUUUAGAUCAAAUCACAUUUAUCAGACCAGUUAGUGACCCUCAGUCUCAUGGAUGAUGGGUAGCAGCCUAGUACAUACCUGGUACUUACCAGAUACUACUUAUUACUGGGGUUCUUCUUCUUAAUGACAUAGUAAUGAAUGGGUAUGCGCCAAGUACUGAGUAUUACCAGAUGUGGUUAGGGUUAGGUACCUGUACCUGGUUUAUACCUGGGUUAGGGUUACCUAGUUUGUACCAGAUACAAACUUUGUAAAUAUUGGGUAUUUAUUAGUUACUUACCAGGAACUUAUUAAGGACACUUCUUUAUCCUUUGAUGUAACAUUUAUUUAUGUUCUGUUGGGAGUGGUCUCUUCCAGGAUGAAUGCUUCUAUCCAUAACAAUACAUACAUACCAGUUAUGUACUAGAUACGGACCUGGUAAGUACUCUGCACAAAUAAAGAUGAAUAUUACUUCACAGGGUAAAGAUUAUAACUCAUAUAAAUUUUUAAACUGAACCUCAGACCUGAUCUUCUCACAGAGUAAAAUUCUUUAACUUCUCAUUUUUCUGUGUGUUAACAUUUAUAUUGCUUGUGUGAUGAUGAUGAUUAUGGUGAUGAUGAUGUCUUUUUGCACUCAUUUUGUAUAAAAAAACUUUGUAUUUAUCAAGCAUAAAUACAUUAGGACUUUAACUUGCAACUAUUUCCUUUUUGAAAAACAAAGCCAAAGAUUUUCUGUUUUGAGUUUUCUUGACAUUUAUACUCUUUUGUGUGUUCUCUGCAGUGUUUGACAGGCUACACGUAAACUCUAUUAGCAAUGGUUUGUUUUGUAAAWAAUAAAUAAAUYAAAUGGUUUUUGCACAGUUUGAAGUAGUUUUAGUAGURGAGAUUACAGAUUAGUUUCCAGUUGACAAACAAGAUCUCUGCAUUUGAUUUGUGAUAUUUUGCUUCAGUAUUUUUUAAGAUUCCAGAGUGAUUUGCAAAAGUUAAAUAAAGUAUAUCCUCUAGCUGUAUAAAAGACUUUUAAACAAUACAAAUCUCAAACGAUAAAAACAGUAAAUACCCUCCAUUCUUUUUCUGGUGGUCUUUUAAAGACCAAACUAUUAUUUUUUAUUAUUUUGUUGUAUUAAUAAAACCACAAUAAAAAGGAGUUUUCCCACUCU